AUGCCGAAGCCAACGAGUAAAUCCCGUCAGGCGGGAAUAAGAGAGCAGGCGGAGCCGAAAUUCGAGGUCGAAAAAAUCCUCUGCUGCGAACGCCGAGAUGGAGCGCUGCGCUGGUUGGUCAAGUGGAAGGGCUUCCCCGACGAAGACAACACGUGGGAGCCGCGCGAGAGCUUUGGCAGAGACACGUUCAAGAAGCAACUCGACGAGACGCGAAGGCGGUGGGAAGCGCUUCACGAAGAACGCGUCCAGGGGAUAAAGGCAGCGGAGGAGCGCCUCUUUGCGGCGCAGUCGGCCCUCGGGUCGCGUGUGAAUGAGUUCACCGCCGUCGUCUGCGCCUCGGCGCGAACGGCCUUCCGUGCAGGCAUGGCGCGCCGCGCCCUCCAGGAGCUCCGCGCCGCGAGAGUGACACCCCAGGCGGCCGCCGGAGAGGUCACGUUGCACAGUGCCGCGUCGCCCUCAGUCUCUGCGCCCUCAGCCUCUGCGCCUUCAGCCUCUGCCUCGUCGGCAGAUGCGCGCUCAGCCUCUGCGUUGUCGGCAGAUGCAUUGUCUGUUUCGACGCCUGGCGCGGGCGAGGCGGCGGACGCCGAGGGCAGAGGGGUUGGAGCCUGCGCGGAGGCGAGGGACGUGAAGGAGAAGCGACCGCCCCCUGACGCGGCUUCAGCGCCUCCCACGCGGGCGUCAGUGCUUUCCAUCGGACCUCCGUCCGCGUCGGACGCUUCGCCGUCGUCGUUGUCGUCGUCGUCAGCUUUGUCUUCUUCGUCGGCAUCGGCGUCCUGUGAGGCCACUGCGGGCACUACCGUGGCAUCGCUGCUUUCGUCGCUGCUUCCCGCGGCGGACGCGCUGUCUGAGGAGGCGCUGGAGCAGGACCACCAGGCGCUCAUUCUGGAUCUGGAGCGGACCGACGUGGCGCUGCUGCCGGUGGCUCGUGAGAUCUUCGACCUCUUGGAGGACGAAAAGCGACUCUGGCGGGAGCUGGAGCUCGCGCAGACGCUGGGGGCGCCGCGCGGGCACCUCAAGAGCGACUCGAACGACACGAAGAAGCACAGCAGCGGAAAAGGCGGAGCAGGCUACUACGCGGGGAAGCGGAAGCGGAGUGCGCUCAAGCGCCUGAGCGCGAAAGCGAAGACCGAGCUGCUGCCGCCCACAAAAAGACGGGCCGCAGACGCAGCCGGCGACCCGGGAGACCGGAGCGAGGAGGCCGACUCGGUGGCUAGAGGCGGAGGCGCGGAAUCGGGAAAAGCGGCGGCAACUGGAGGUGCAGCAGAGGGCGACGACGCGCUCGCGGACGCAGUCGGCAGCCGCGACAAGAGGGAACCAGUCGCGGCGGCGAAGGCGCCGCGUGUGGAGAAACGCGAAGGCGACGACGCGAGGCACGAGGCGGAGAUUCACAUUGACUCCGCAGCGAGGGGGUACCCACGCAUCACCGAAGUUCGCCUCAAUCAAGACGACGAGGCCUUCGUGGAGGUCGUGACCCUCAACUACAGGUUUGCGAAGUCCGCAGACAGCGUGCCGUGGCAAGCCGUUGUCGCCUCGCUCACAGAAAACCAAAGGCAAUACGCACUCGUCGCAGCCGUCCUUCAGCUCGUCCAGGCCGCCGUGGGGUCGCCGUUGGGGCUCGAGGCCCGCCAGCUGGCGAUCCUGGCGACGAAGCGAGUCAGCGGCCGGUUCAACGUCCUUCACGUUUUGGAUCCUUUCUGGGAGAAAUUGAUCGCCCAGCGCGCGUGCGUGCGCCUGGUGCCGCCGUCGAGUCCGUCGGCGCGGUGUGCCUCGGCGCCAGACGUGGCCGUUUCGGCCUACGACGGUAACGGCGACGCAGGCGACGGCUGCCGAUAUCUGCUUCGCGGAAACAGAAGCGACUUGUACGAGUUCCUCGUGCGCCUCAUUAGCGCGCCGCCAAUUGCGCAAAAGAAGACAUCCCCGCCAGCGUCCGCGCCUUCGGUGGCGGCCGCUCCGUCCCCGCACGCACCGCCCACCGCCGCUCGUGAGCGCACGCUGUUCGUGAUUUCCUCUUCGUCCUCUGAGGCCUCUGACGGCGGUAGCAGUCCGUCGCCGCCAGCAAGUGUCGCUGGCGAGCCAGCUGCGCCGUCCGCGUGGCUAGCCUCCCGCUCUUCUUCGACUUCGGCUGCCUACGCUCGCCCCCCGCCGGAGGCGUCGCGCGAGGGCCGGGUCCCGGCGCGGCCUUCGGCGGGAGUGGGAGUGGUGCAGACCUUCUCGGAGUUUGCGUCGCCGCUGUUGAGCGAUUUUUCUCUCUCUGAGGUGCUGGAGCUUCCGCUCUUCCCGCUCGCGUCGGCGGAAGAUGAGGAGGACGGCGUGACGGCGGUCGCGCCCUUCUUGACGGUUUCAGAGUGCCACACGUGGAUCCCCGAGACCGCGGCGCGCGCGGUAUGUACACCGGAGCUCUGCAGAGUCCUGAUUAACCGCUACCUUUACUUCUCGCCGCACGUCGGUGUGGCGCAGCCCGGCCGGGCGGACGCGCGAGGCAGAGCCAAGAGCGACCACGAAGUUCUGCACUGGUUCCCUCCGUCGCUGGCGAGGUAG